AUGGCCACCGAAAAGAGGGCCCUUCCAGAGCCAAACCCAAACGUCAAGAUCCUCGAUAUGAGCGAUGACACCAUCACCCAGAAUGUUAUUGCCAUCAACUCUCAGCACAACGACGCCCGCGUGCGCUUUGUUUUGGAAAGAUUAGUCCAUCACUUGCACGACUUUGCCCGUGAGACCAGAUUGACCACUGAGGAGUGGGGUAACGCCAUCCAGUUCGUGACCGAGUGCGGUAAGAUCUGUUCCGACAUCAGACAGGAAUUCAUCUUGCUUUCUGACGUCUUUGGUCUUUCGGUCCUUGUUGACGGGAUGUCUCACCCAAAGCCAGACAGUGCCACUAUCGGAACCUUGUUGGGACCUUUCCACACCCACGAUGCCGUGGAACACACCUCGGAUGAAUCCUUGUGCUCCGAGGGUAAGGGUGAGCCGUUGUUGAUCCAGGGUAAGUUGACCAACACUCAAGGUCAGCCAAUCGCCAACGCCUCUAUUGACAUCUGGGAGUGUGACGAAAACGGGUUGUACGACACCCAGUAUGCCGACCGUGACGGUCCAGACAUGAGAGGAAUCGUGCGCACCGGUGAGGAUGGGUCCUUCACCAUCAAAUGUACCAAGCCAGUGGCAUACCCAAUUCCACACGACGGUCCAGUCGGGAAGUUAUUGGCCAAGCUCAACAGACACCCAUACCGUCCAGCGCAUAUCCAUUUUAUCAUCAAGGCUGAGGGUUAUGAUGAAUUAAUCACCGCCUUGUACCAUCGAGGUGACAAAUACGAAACCUCCGAUGCCGUCUUCGGUGUCAAGUCCAAGUUGCUCUUCGAUCUUGAGCCGCUUGGUGAAGAGAGAGCCAAGAAGCACAAUAUGAAGGCCAGUGACUGGUUCUUGAACUGGGACUUCAAAAUAAUCACCUUGGGCGAGUCCCUCGCGUUGAGACACAAUGUUUCCCGAAAGGCUGUCGAUUUGUUCGACCCUAAGAUCCAGUUAAAUGCCGAUGGCUUACCAAUUGCUGACUUGGACUAG